AUGGCCGCGUCGUAUCUGUCAGAUCCCAACUACAACUACGAUUUCGUGGUUGCCACGACUCAGGCUAGCAUCAACGCUAAUAUGAUGCGGUUUCUUGACUCGAUCGAGCAGCCGCUGGUUGAAGCAUGUUACGUGAUGGGAAAGAAUAACACCUACGAACGGGUCGAGAUGAGCAGCUUUUUGGAAAUGACUGGUGGCGUCGAUCCUUUCGUCAUUCCCGGUCAGACGAACGUGGAUGAUCCACGUAUCCAAGCUCUACUCAAGAUUAGGUUCGUGGCCGGGUUCAAAGCCCGUCCAGGGCUGCCUCCCUGUGACCUUGCCUCCUUACCAGACAUUGUGACUCUUGGUGAGGACAUUUCGUCGGUAACCUUCCGUACCAUGUGCUCCGAGUUCGUUCUCGUUGCCAUCCAAGGUGGUCUGUACACACCUCCCACCUGGACGCGGACGUCGCAAGAUCCAAAAAAGCCGUGGAUUUUCCGCUCCCAAGUCAACCUCAGUUUGUCCGUUAUGGAGGAGCCAGAUAUCAAGAACCUGCCCAUAGACGUCCAGGAAAAGAUUGCCGAGAUUCGCAACCUCUCAGGUUCCGCCUUUCACAUCCAGCAGCUGCUCUUCGAUCUCGCUAGCGCAAACCUCUGGGACAUGCCGCAUAUCGAGGGGUUUGAUGAGUCUUCGGCCGCCCAUGUGCUUCUCCAGACGUACUUCCUGACAGCCUAUGUGAACGAGAUGAAGAAGGAUGGAGAUCUCGUGCUAGGAUGCAGUGCCGUUGUCACCGAACCUUCUGUGUCGACUCUGACGUUGACAGGCUUCAACUUCAACGUAAACCCCUAUAUGGGAGCGAACGGCCUGCCAAUUCCACAGCAGGGCAAGGAUGAGAGUAACUGCGCAUCGUUGAAUUACCUAUGUGCUGCAAACCACAACCCGCUUCCGCCACGCCGACGAUUCCCAUGGAACUGGGUCAACGUCUCCGAGAUGAACCAGCAGGAUGGUGUCAUAUCCAUCAAUCGCAACUCCUUGGCUAACCAUUUGAAAGUCAAGAUCGGGCCUCUGGUCCCGGAGUUCUGCGUGCGUCCCUGGGUCAACUGCGAUGUCUCCCAUAAGUCUGGGGUUGUCUCGUUCGACUCUGAGUUCUACAAGAACCAGUUACCUACCUCGACAACCCUCCCAGGUUCCGGUGCAACCAUCCUCACUUUCGCUUACUCAAGCAAGGACCAGGACCAGGCGGGUGUGAAUGGGUGUCUUGGUAAAAUCGAAGCUACCAGCACCUACAACCUAACAGUAGUCGUCUCCGGAACUUGUGUCACAGUGACACAGGACCAGGUCCUCCACGUGUACCUCAAGAAAUUGGCAACCAGCAAAUCGGGAAACGUGGUGAAGAGGACAGUAGUGGACAUCUACUCGAUCGGAGUCGAUCCGAAUGGCGCUCUGGUCUUAGCUCUGGCAGACUCUAAGAGCGCCGACGACCCGGACAAGAUUGCCACCGACAAGUUUCAGGAUUUCUGGACCCAUUUCAACAGCAUCGCCCAAAAAUUUACAAACAAUGCAAUCCAGUCAUUCAAAGAAUUAACGGACAUACCGCUGUCGACACUUCAAAACUACGUCUUUCCAGCCGGGAAGACCUUUGUCUUUCGGGACGCGAGAUUUUCGGACCAUCAAGACCUAAUUGCCAACAUUGGGUAUGCUGAUCCGAAGGCACCUCGCAUCCGGAGUACGUCUUCCACCACAGCGUCAUCGCACCGCCAGUACACUCCAGCCUCGGGGUCAACCUCGUCGAGAGGUAUAGACACUCCUUCGGCGGACACUGUUGGACCGGAUGAUCCGAUUCCUUCCAUCGAGGAGGGUGACAAUGCACCAGAACCAACUCCGACACCCAGCCCCCCUUCUGUGGUCUUCACUCCUCCGACUGUGACCUCAGCUGAUGACGCCGUCGAGAAUUCUUCGACCGGAGAGAGUAUGGCGAACCAGAUGCGGAACCUGCGACUCUCAAGCCCACGCUCAAGUGCCGGCGUAGCCCAACUCGGUGUUGCACUGGAUCAAGUAGUGCUAAGUGAACCCCAGCGCCCAGAAUCGAGGAGUCGCAGGCGACGCUCUCGAUCAGCCACUGUCAACGGAGACGAGCCGCGACACCAGGUGCGAGAUGAAGAGAUGCCGCCGGACAGAUUUCACGAACCCGCAUUUCAACGGGGAUUCGCAGACGCAAGGAGCCUCGUGGGUCAGCUCGCCACUGUAUUGUCACAGUCUUCAAGCCACCGAGACCCUGGAUCGACAGCAAAGAAGCUUUAUGAUGCUGCUACGAAGCUGGCCGCCUUUGAGCCUCCCUCCACGAGAACGAUCGGAUUUGUUGGAGACUCGGGUGUUGGGAAAAGUAGCCUUUUGAACUCAUUGCUUGAUUUUGAGAAUUUCGCGAGAACUAGCAAUAGCGGAGCAGCAUGUACAUGUGUUGCUACAGAGUUCCACUACCACGGCACCUCCGAUUUCAAGAUCACCGUUGAUUGGUUCUCCGAGGAUGAAGUGAGAGACCAGCUCGAAGAUCUGGUGGACUCGUACCAGCACUUCCACCUCCACGAGGAUGAGCUUGAUUCCGGUGAUGAAAUCCCCGCAGAGAACGCAGCCAAGCUGGCUAUGGACGUGUUCAAAGUCCUAUUCACUGGACGCCUCAUCAAUCCGGAAUACCUUCUUGGUCGAUCACAAGAACGUAUUAUCGACAGAAUGAUGUCCGAAAUUCAGACCCAAGGCUACCUUAACGCGAUUGAAGAGGCCACGUUUAAUAGCAGUGCACAAUGCUCCAACGCCUUACUUGGCCUUACCUCGGAGUCUUCUUCAACCGACAGGACCAUCCGCUGGCCUCUGAUCCGAAAAAUUAAGGUCUAUUCCAACGCUAUUAUUCUGAGCAAGGGACUCGUUCUCGUCGACCUUCCUGGCCUACCCGAGUACGAGAGAUGCACACGAGAGAUGGACGAAUUUGGACGUGACGAGCUCCAUGAUCCAGAAACACUCCAGGAAUAUCUCGAAUUGGGCAGAGAAAAGGAUGAAUAUGCCAGACGCAAGCGGGAACAAGAAUAUCAGUUGAUCCGCUUUCUUAUCAACAAUCGCAAUGAAGAAGUUACGGGAAAGCUUGAGACCCAGUACCGUGCCCAAGUCCCCAGGGCGACCCUGCGCAUCUUCUGCGUCAGCAACACAAUCUAUUGGGAGAAUAGGGCUAAACCUAGGGCCGAAGCUCUUCCCUACUUAACUCUGAGCGGCAUCAUUGCCCUUCGGAGGCACUGCAUCUCCAUCGUUGGGCAGAGUCAGCGCAGACUCGCGGCAAGAUACGUCAAUGAUGAGAUCCCCGCGUUUCUCGGCGAUGUAGGCCUGUGGCUUGAGUCCGGUGCCGGAACGAUUAGGGCUGAGAGGAAGCGAGCUAUUAGGCAGGCCCUGGACGCUCUUGAUUCUCGUUUGACGAGGGCCUUGCUCGAACCGACUGGUCUCGAGGAGCUCGGAGGGCUAGCAUGGUUUGGAGUGGACUCCCGCUAUCGGCUGCUACGUGCCGAGACAGAGGAUGCCUACGACGAUUUCGAAUCUAAAUUAACGACCUUCCAAACUGACGCGUUUUCUGGUAUUCGCACUUCCAUAUUUGGAGAGCUCUUGGAAGAUUCUUACCGAGCUUGUCAGGCGACAUAUGGUACCGGAAGCGACCGCAAAAGGAAGAAUAUCAUCGAAGGGAAAAUGGGUGAUCGCCGGCUCUUCCAGCAAUGGGAAACCAAUUUCCGCAGCAAAUUCAAGGAAUUGGUAGAGACUCUGGAGCAAGAGAUCACCCUGAUUGCUGCAAGCCACCUAGACGUUAUCGAUGGAACCUUGGACAUUCUUCGAGAUGAGAACGCGGAGAGCGAGGCUGACCGGGAUCCUGCAUUGCGCGAACAGCUCUCCCAGGAAGUGGCAGCUGCUCGAGGUGACUUGAGGCGCAUACAACAAGUUGUCAACUAA